AUGAAAGGCUACCAUAAUUAGCCUAACGUGUAUAUCAGUUAAGAGGAGAAUCUCUUCGAAGACUAAUUAGUAAUGGAGCCUUAACGAUCCCAUAAAGCCUCUAAUCAAGACAUGCCACUAUCAGGAGUAGGCCAAAACCUUUAGCAUUUCCUUUCAAAUACCUAUUUGAACUCAAAUUAAUCAGCUUAAAAUACUGCUAAUUUUAAUUCAAUCCAAUAGCCCUCGACCUUACUCAAUGAUAAUUCUAACUCCUUGCAUGAUCAGCUGCUUAACAUUUAGAGUUAUGAAAAUUCAUCUCAGUAAAUGGAUGAAUAAAGCAUUGAAAGAGGGAGAAGUAACUAUUAAGCAAACUAGUUUAAUCAUACACAGCAAUAAAGAUCUUUAUCACAUGGAUAGGGGAAUAAUAUAGGAGGAAUCGGAAAUAAACAAGUGAGAUUCACUAUUAAAGAUGGCUUGAAAAAUCUGAUCGAGGAGAGUAACAUUGACUUAGAGUCAGUAGCUUCAAGAGGGGAGUAGAUUCAAAAACAGAAUAAAAUGGAGAGACAAUAAAAACCGCCUGCAUAAUAAAGAUAGACUAUCUCCCCAACAAAGCAAAGUGGAAUAAGUAAAAGCAAAUCGCCUAAGUAAAGGAAAGUUUAGGAUGACAGAAGUACAUCACAGCAACGCAAAACUAUAUCUUUUAAGUCUAGAAAAUUAGCAUUGAAGUACAAAAGAAAUGCUGAUGAGAGCAGAAAGAAGAAAAUAGGCGAUUUAGUUUAAUUAGCUAAUGCAGAUGAUGAUUUAAGCUAAGUUCCUGAUUUCUCAAACAGAAAUAAUUAAAUGAUUACAGGAAGUUCAAAGAUGGAUAGAACCCCCGAAAAAAUGCAUAAGACACCUCCUAAACCUACUAAUAAACCACAAGUUGAAAUUCUAAACUAUUAGGAGUACAGUAACAAAAAGAAUAUGCAGUAGCAGUAAAACUUUGAUACCUUCAAGAAUUUUAACAGUCACAGUGCGCAGAAAGAUUUUGUAUAAGGCUUGAAUCAUGAUGCCAAUAAUAAUAGUGUCAUAAUGAAUUCCUCUUAACUUGCUGGAUGUAUAGUUAAACGCAAUGAUUUAUCAAAGAAUCGCAAUGAUAUAAGCAAUAACCUCAGUAAAUAAUCGUAAAUGCCUGGAACUAUAAUGCGAAAAAGAAGUACUAGUCCUGCUGAUGCGCUCUUUCUAGGAGUCAAUAAAGAAAAUAGUUCACUUAUUGCAAAUAAAAGCAUCCUAGCAGGUCAGAUUAAUCAUAUGUUUUCCCCCAAAAUACAUAGUGAAAGAUAGCUAUCAAGGGUUGAAAAUAAAACUCUAAGCCAAACUAUAUCAAUACAUGCUAUUUAAGGUUAUAAUACACCAUAAUUUGAUUAACCAUUUUUGAAUAUUUAAGAAAACAUAUAAGAUAGAGAGGUAACUAAAGAGACCAAGAUAUUUUUAUUCAAAACAGUAUGGGAGGCCUUGGAUAAGCCAAUAAAUUAAGUUAUAGCCAAGUUUGAGUCAAGCUAAGUUUAAAUUAGUCAUAUAAGAAAUUAAAUGCUAUAAGUUCUAUCAUAGACAAACAGGGGUGUGUCAUUUUUAAAUAUUUAACCUUUGGCAACUAUUGCUGAGCUUAGAGAUCGUAGAUAAAGUAAAAUAUAGGAAUUAAGGAAGUCACUAAGAUCCAAUCAUAAUUAAAAUAAUUAAUAGAUCAAGAUUGAACUUCUUAGAGACAUUAUCAGCAGGUUACAAUAAAAAUUAGUUAUUGCUAUUCUUAGACUAAAUAGAUAAUUGAAAAUCGAAAUUAAUGCUUAAUUUUCUGCUUAUUAUUAGGAAUUCAUUAUGAGAGAUUACUUGAGUACCAGUUUUAAUUUACUAAAAAAAUAUCAGCAAAAGAGAUCUCAAAAGAAUGAGUACAUGUAUAUAGUUAGAGAAUAAGUAGGAAAAGUUAAACUUGGAUAACUUUAUAAUGCUUGGAAAAAUAUCAAGCACUAUAAGUUUCUUUCAAGAUAGAGACAAAUAAAAUCUCGAUCGCUCUUGGUCUCAAGGAAAAUAGUGAGAAUACUUUAAUCUUGGAAAAUUACGAUAAUUUAGGAGCGAAAUGUGCAGCUAGGCUUUUCUAUUGCUUAAGACAGACUUAAACUUAAAUAUCAUCAGUAAUUAUUCCUAAGAUGGAUAUACCACAAUAGAUCCUCUAGUAAAAUUAAGCGUAAGGCUCUACUUAUGGUCUCACCUGGAGCCAAGACCAAGUCAAAUUCUUACAGAGAGCAGGUUAAUGACGAAGAGUGGUUCUAAAGCUAAAUGAAUAAAACCUAAUCAUUAUUCAAUGUUAGAAUUUCAGAAUAUCUUCUCGAGCGAGAACACAAUAAAACAUUCAUAAAUGGACUUAAAUUCAAGCUCAGCAUCUAGGAGCUAAAUACUGUCUUUCCCUUAAGAUUAGAGGGUGAUUCAGACAGUUAUGGGCAGUUCAAGAAAAACGAUUUCACAAAUGCUUAUAGAAGUAAUGUAGCUAAGAUUUAUCAAGAUUACCCUGAGUUAAGAAACAAGACUCCUGUGAAAAAGGGAGCUAGCAUUAAUAGUAAUGGGCUUCCAGACUAGGAGACCUGGAGAAAUAGAUAUAGACCUUAAGUAUUCCAUUCAUUCUGCUUUGGUGUAUCAUUAAAACAACUAAACAAAAAAUCAAAGCACAAUAAUUUUAGAAUAGUAAAACUCCUUUAUCAAAGGCAAUCUAAGUUCUGCAUAAAAGCCAAUUAAAUAGUAAAAGUAGUUUCUACCUCCCCCUCCUAAAAGACUAAUAGAAAUAGAAUACUAAGAGAGCAUAUCAAAACUUUGUAGUAUAAGCUAGGCUCACUAUAAAACCUAGGCUAUAACCAUCACUUUAAGCAAAGUCUUAUUGUUAAUGCUUAAAAUGUAAUUCAAGAUGACAUAGAUUAGUUCAGUGGACUUACUGAUUACAUUCAAUACGGUAUAUCCUGUGAUCAAUAUAGAAUGGUCUUCAUUAGUAUGUUUAAAACAAAAGCUAUUUCAGUCCUGCUCUCUUAAUGGAAAACUCGCUUUGUAUAAAAAUAACUUGAUGAUGAUUUGCAAUCUUUGCAUAUCCUUAACAUCUCUAAACAAGCAUUCAUUGAGUGGAGUAGAGUAAUUAAGGCUCGCAAGCUUAAAAUAAAAGAUUUCCAUCGAACUAUUUAGGUUUAGAAACACUACAAGAUUUUCUAGAAAUGGGCAGAUUGGAACAAGCAGGCUGUAAAAACGUAAAAGCAGACUCUUAGAGAAUUUAAACUAAGGACUAUAUUCAAGCAAUGGAUCAGGUACUUGGACAGCUAAGGUCAAAAUUUGAUGAAAAUACUAAGAUCACAAUAAUACUAUAAGCAAGCUUUGAUGUCUAAGAGUCUCUUAUCUUUGUAUCAGCAUUACCUCAAGACUCUGAGAGUUAAAAGAUUCCAGAAGAAAUUGAUUUACAAAAAGUUUUUCCUCAAAGGAUGGAAACCUCAGUAUGCUAAGAUCCAAUCACUUAGGAGAGUACUUUUGAAGAUUGCUGAUAAAAUCAAACUUAAUGAAAGAUUCAAGUAUCAGAGGGAAUUUGAAUUGAAAAGAGAGACAAUCGGAUAGUGGAAGGAAAGAGUAGAUGAUAAGAAAAGACUGAUAUAGCAUUACACUGCUCUCACUCAUUAUAGAUAAAAUCUUAUCUUAAAGUCUUUUAUGGCUUUCAAAAAGAAUAUCAGAUACGUAAAGGGAUUGUUUUAAAUCCAAUAGGUAGUCUGGAGAUAUCGUCUAUACCCUAUAUUCUAAACAAUAAAGAACGCUACCUAAAAUCAGAAGCUAACUGAGAGUAGCUUUUUAGAUUAUAGAUAAAACUAUCUGAAGGCAGAAGUGUUUAAUAAACUAAGGCAAAAUCAAGUUGAGGGCAAGCUGGCAAAACUAUUCAUGAAAAAGAGAGUAUUUAAAGCCUGGUAAAUUAUCAACUAUCGCAAAAAUCAUGAACUUCCCUCUCAUUAUAGAGCAUAAAAGCUAUAAUAAACCUUUUUCUAAGUAAUAAGAUACCAAAUUCGCUAGAAAUGGGCUUAAGAACGAUCUUACAUCAUACAAAAGAACCUGAUCAGAGAUAGGCAAAUGAGAGUAAAGAAGGUAGUUUUCUUAAAAUUCCUAGAAAAUAUCUUGAUUGAAAAGAAAUCUAGGAUUAUUGAUCAGACUAUAAAUGACUUCAGGAGACACACUUUGAUGGGCAAAGCGUUUGGAGGAUUAAGAUAAAGAUGGUCUGAGAAUAAUAGAGAGUAAUUGAUGAAUAAAGUUGCGAAAGACUUCUAUCUGAAAAUAAUAAGACGACGUGAUCUCAGAAGAAGACAAUACUAUGAGAGUAAGGGCAUAAGUUACAAGGAAGAAGGAUAGAUUAGUAAGCAUAGAGUUUUUACUUCCUGGAGGAUGCAUAUUGAGCAUAAAAUGACUAAGAGUCUAGUUCUAAAGCGAUUCUUGGACUUCAAAAGAAGGUUCAAAAUGCUAAGAUCUUUCCUUGCCUGGAGAUCUUAUGCUAGGUAUGAAAAUACUCCCAGUCAUUAGAAGCCCAGUCGCGACAGAUUUAUUUAUGAAAGCUCAAACAAAAACUACUCUUCACCCUCGCAUAAUCUAUCUUAAUACUAUGAUUUACCUCUGCAAACGCAUAGUCCUUAGGUUUCAAACAGAUAGCAUAACCCUAACAAUAUUUUCAGCAUGAAUGAAAGCAAAAGCUUUUUUAAUAUAAUGCCUCAUACCACAGUAAAUGCAGGCAAUAAUUACACAAACAUCAUUGGAGAUCAGGAUCUGACUUAAAUUCGCUACAAGGGAGAAACUCCAAUGAGAUAAGAUCAGACCGGAGGUGGUGGGGAUAAAUCUUUGUUUGAUGAAUUGGAAAACAUAUUCUAGAAAAACAAAAAGUGGCUGGAUGAACAAAGGGAACGAGAAGAUUUUCUGAGGGAGAUGGCUCAGCACUACAAUCAAAGACUGAGUCAAGAGAUGAAUACCCUUAGAUAUCAGAGUCUCUCUUCUGGUGGAGGAGCAUUCAGAAGCAGUACAAAUUUCAACUGA